AUUUUCAUCAAAAUUCAACACACAUUAUUUCUACACACAACUAAUAGUAGUGGCUGGUCCAUUGUUGACCUUGUUUCAUAUUUUCCAACCACUCAACUAACUACUCUUAUACUACAAUUUUUGCAUAUUUCAUUAUUUCUACACACAGCAUACUUUUCUCUCUGCAUAUUCAUUUGGUGACUUAAAACAUGGCUGAGGCUGUUCUUGAAAUUGUUCUUCACAAUUUAAGUUCACUCAUUCAUAAGGAGAUUGCCCUGUUCCUAGGUUUCCAACAAGACUUCAACACUCUUUCUAGCUUGCUCACUACAAUCAAGGCUACUCUUGAUGAUGCUGAGGAGCAACAAUUCUCAAACAGAGCCAUCAAGGAUUGGCUUCUUAAGCUCAAAGAUGCUGCUCACGUCCUCGACGACAUCUUGGAUGAGUGUGCCACUCAAGUACUGGAGCUGGAUCAUGGAGGAUUCCAGUGUGGACCCUCACACAAGGUACUAAGCUCUUGCUUAUUGUCUAUUCAUCCUAAGCAUGUUUCUUUUCGUUACAAAAUUGCUAAGAAAAUGAAAAGGAUAAGAGAGAGGUUAGAUGAAAUAGCUGAAGAAAGGAGUAAGUUUCAUUUGACUGAGAUAGCCAGAGAGAGGAGAAGCCGAGUCCUUGAUUGGCGACAAACCACCUCAAUUAUUUCUCAACCUCAAGUUUAUGGAAGAAAUGAAGAUAAGGAUAAAAUUGUAGACUUUUUGGUCGAUGAUGCGUAUGCUCUUGACGAUUUAUCAGUUUAUCCAAUAGUAGGUCUAGGUGGACUUGGGAAAACAACACUUGCCCAAAUUAUCUUUAAUCAUGAGAGGGUAGUCAACCACUUUGAGCUAAGAAUUUGGGUAUGUGUUUCAGAAGAUUUUAGUUUGAAGAGAAUGACAAAAGCCAUCAUUGAAUCUGCAUCUGGCCGUGCUUGUGAGGAUUUAGAUCUAGAGCCGCUGCAAAGAAACCUUUUGGAUUUUCUACAAAGAAAAAGAUUUUUGCUGGUGUUAGAUGAUGUGUGGGACGAUGAGCAAGAGAAUUGGCAGAGAUUAAAAUCUGUUUUGGCAUGUGGAGGCAAGGGGGCUUCGGUUUUGGUCACUACUCAUCUUCCAAAGGUUGCGGCAACCGUGGGAACGAUGUCGUCUCAUGAUUUAUCAAUACUAUCUGACAAUGAUUGUUGGGAAUUAUUUAAACAAAGAGUCUUUGGACCAAAUGAGGAAGAACAUGCUGAGCUUGUAGUCAUAGGGAAGGAGAUAGUAAAAAAGUGUGGGGGAGUUCCUCUUGCCGCAAUCGCAUUAGGAAGUCUCUUGCGUUUUAAAAGAGAUAAAAAGGAGUGGCUCUAUGUGAAGGAAAGCAAGCUAUGGAGUUUACAAGGCGAAAACUCUGUUAUGCAUGCACUGAAAUUAAGUUACUUGAAUUUGCCCGUAAAUUUGAGACAAUGUUUUGCCUUCUGUUCACUAUUUCCCAAAGAUCAUAUAAUAAAUAAGCAAUAUCUGAUUGAACUUUGGAUGGCAAAUGGAUUUAUUUCAUCCAAUGUAAUGGUGGAAGCGGAAGAUAUUGGCAAUGAAGUAUGUAAUGAAUUACAUUGGAGAUCAUUUUUCCAAGAUAUUGUGAGAGAUGAAUUUGGCAAAAUUACGGCUUUCAAGAUGCAUGAUCUUGUUCACGAUCUUGCUCAAUCUGUUGCAGAAGAGGUUUGUUGUAUUACAAAUGAUGACGGUGUACCUAAUAUGUGUAAAAGAAUCCUCCACCUGUCAAUUUAUAGGAAUAAGUCAUUUGAGGAAGUGGACAAUAUCCGGUUGCGUGGUAUCAAAUCAUUGAAGACAUGUGUAACACAAUUUACUGACCAAGUUCCACCUCAUAUACUGAAAAGUAAUCUUUUACGAGUGCUUGAGUUCCAAAGAAGAAAUGUGUUGUCAUCUUCAAUUGGUCAUUUAAAAUGUCUAAGGUACUUGAAUCUUUCAAAUGGUAAAUUCAGAACUCUUCCGAAAUCCUUUUGUAGGCUUUUCCAUCUGCAGAUUUUGAAAUUAAACAGUUGUAUUUUUCUCCAAGAGUUGCCUGAUAAUUUGACACAUUUGAAAGCUCUGAAACAUUUAUAUUUAAGGUUCUGUUUUUCACUAUCAAGACUGCCUCCCGAUAUCAGGAAGUUGACAUCCUUAAGGACAUUGAGCAUGUAUCCGGUUGGCAAAAAAAGUGGGUUCCUUUUGGCAGAAUUGGGACAAUUGAACCUUAAAGGUGACCUUCACAUCACACACAUGGAGAGAGUGAAAAGUGUAUUACAUGCCAGAGAAGCCAAUAUGUUGAGUAAACACCUAAACCAGUUACAGUUGUCAUGGGCUGAAAAUGGAGAGUCUCAAUCACAAGACAAUGUUGAACAAAUUCUUGAAGUUCUUCAACCUCAUCUCCAAGAACUUCAAAUUUUGAAUGUGAUAGGAUAUACUGGUGCUCAUUUUCCACAAUGGAUGUCCAGUGCUUCUCUCAAAUUUUUAAAUUCUCUAAAACUCAUCGGUUGCAAAAGCUGCUUUCACCUUCCACAACUCGGGAAACUACCCUCUCUAAAGAAUCUAACAGUAUCCAACAUGAGUCGUGUAAUAUUCAUAGAUGAGGACUCAUAUGGUAGUGGAUUUACAACAGGUUUCAUUGCACUAGAAUUGUUGAUACUGGUGGAUCUGCCAAACCUAAUGAGGUUAUCAAGGGAGGAUAGAGAAAACAUGUUCCCACGCCUUUCAAGACUUCUAGUUACUGAAUGUCCUAAAUUGUUGGGCUUGCCUUUCCUUCCAUCUCUCAAGGAUUUAAAUGUAGAAGAGAAUUGCAACCAAGUUUUACUAAAUUCAUUUCCUAAACAUCACAGUCUUGAAUCCCUUGAGGUCAGAGAUAAUAAAGACCUAACUUGUUUUCCAGAUGGGAUGCUACGGAACCUCACUUCUCUUAAGAUGUUGGCAAUUGAUAGAUUUUCCAAACUUGAGCAACUCCCAACUGAGAUCAUUAACCUUAAUGCAAUAUAUAUUAAUGAUUGCGGCAAUCUUGAGUCAUUGACAGAUGAAGUAUUACAAGGGUUUCACUCUCUUAAGAUAUUUGAGAUAAGGCGCUGCAAAAAGUUCGAUUUGUCAGCCGGUUUUCAAUACCUGACUUGUCUUGAGAGAUUGGUGAUUGAAAAUUGCCCAGAAGUAAAAGGUUUUGACGAAGCUUUACAACAUAUGAAUUCUCUACAAUCAUUAACAUUGUUGAAUCUUCCAAACCUAGCAUCCCUUCCUGAUUGGAUAGGAAACCUAAGUUUGCUUUGCGAAUUACAUAUGACUGGUUGUCCAAAGUUGAGAUUUCUUCCAAUGAAUAUUCAAAGACUUACUAAUCUGAAAAGUUUGAGAAUUUAUGAUUGCAGUGAGUUAGGGAAACGAUGUGAAAAGGAAAUCGGAGUGCAGGUGGUGCAGUUUGAUCAAGGCUAUAUGCCAAUGACAUGUCUUCUGUAUAGCGGAAAGAAAAUAGACAGAAUUCUUUGUUGCUUUUAUGCUGCGAAAUGUUUUCUGGAUGGACUAUUCUCUGGAUCUAAUUCCUCUAUAGUAUUCAAAAAGGAGGUUUCAUUGAUGGAAUGGUUAUCUCUGGAUCAAAUUCCUCAUGCAAAUGCGAUAAUGAACACUCUUUUUGGAAGUACAGGGAGCAGGUUGUUGGAUGAAGUAACAAUUGUAGCUGUCACAAGCUUCUGUAGCUGUCGCAACGCGAAAUGUUAAAUCUGCAGCAGCCAAAGGAUAACCUACUAUAUUUUGGUCCCUAUUUGUUUUUCUGAUUUUAUGAGGAAGGCAUGAUAUGCAUGCUCAAUUUCAUGAUGCCUUUUGAUAGAUAAGCAGCUUGUCCCAUAUCACUGAAAUAAAAGCAAUCUGCAAAAGAGAUGUUAAUUAAACAAACAUAAGCUUAUCUACUGGCAUAAGCACUUGUGAGACCGUUUGGGAUUGGGAGAGCUUGUUCAAACAGCUUAUGACAUGCAGGAUAGUUUAUUUUCAUAAGUUAUGCAGGAUAGUUUAUGAAAACAACUUAUAGAUUAUAUGAUAACUAACAGUUUGACUUUUUGUUA